UCCUCUUUUCAUCAUACUAAUGGAUUCUUCCUUAUUCCGUACAGUUUUUGUUGCUGCAAUAGGCUUCUUAGCAUUCUAUAUAUCCAAUCACGAAAACAGAGAACACGAUUCUUUUUCUUCCUCUUCAUCAUUAAGUCUCUCUUCACCUUCACUUUCUUUGUCUCGUAACUGGACACAUGAUGUCUUUCCAAGCUUCCACGGGGAAGAUGUCCGAAAAGACUUUUUAAGUCACAUUCAAAAGGGGUUUGAGAGAAAAGGAAUCAAACAAUUCAAUGACAAUGAGAUGGAGAGAGGAGAAUCCAUAUCUUUUCAACUUGUAAGGGCCAUUAGAGGAUCUAAAAUCGCGGUCGUCUUGUUCUCGAAGAACUAUGCUUCUUCAAAAUGGUGUCUUGAUGAACUGGUGGAGAUUAUGAAGUGUAGGCGAGAGUUUGGUCAAAUAGUGAUUGCGGUUUUCUAUAAGGUGGAUCCAUCUGAUGUACGCAAGCAAACCGGAGAUUUUGGGAAGGUCUUCAGACAAACUUGUACCGGUAAAACUAAUGAGGAAAUCAGAAGAUGGAGAGUAGCUUUGGCAGAAGUAGCCCCAAUUGCUGGUUAUCAUUCAAACAACUGGGAUAAUGAAGCAGACAUGGUAGAGAAUAUCACCACUGAUGUUUCAAAAAAGCUGACUCAUUUCAUGAGAUCAAUUGAUUUCAAUUACGACUUAGUUGGAAUGGGAGCUCAUAUGGAAGAGAUGAGACGAUUGUUAUACCUAGAUUCGGAUGAAGUGAAGAUGAUAGGCAUUUGGGGUCUUCCUGGGAUUGGUAAGAGCACAAUCACUAAAUAUCUCUUUAAACAACUCUCUCAAAGAUUCAACGUGAGUCUCUAUAUCAAGGACAUCAACGCACUUUAUACAAGACCAGCUUCUUCUGAUGUGGAGUUUAUGUCUCUACUAACAUACCAAAAUGAUAACGAAGUUAUUGACCUAGGAGUUGAAAGAGAGAAGCUGAAACGCAAGAAAGUGCUUGUAGUUAUUGACAAUGUCCACAGAUCAGUACAGUUAGAUGCAAUGAUGAAAGUAAGUCCAUGGUUUGGUCCUGGAAGCCGGGUUGUCAUCGCGGUACAGGACAGGGAAGUUUUGGAGGCACAUACGAUUGAUGAUGUUUAUGGAGUGGCUUUACCAUCAGACUAUGAAGCUAUGCAAAUAUUUUGUUUGGCUGCUUUUGAUCAAAAGUUUCCCAAAGAUGGUUAUGAGGAUCUUGCUAUAAGAGUUUGCAAUGUUGCUGGCAGACUACCUUUGAGACUGAAAAUUAUGGGCUCUUAUUUCAGAGGAAUGUCCAAGCAAGAGUGGAUUGAUAAGAUUGAUCCACUUUGAAAAAGAAAGCAGAUCAAUAUUUUAUUCAAAGUCAGGAGAAACAUGAUGUAUUCUUGGUUUUUAUUACCAUACUACAAAAAAUUAUCAUUGGCUUCGCCCGGGUUCGAACCGGAGACCUUCAGUGUGUUAGACUGACGUGAUAACCAACUACACCACGAAACCAUUUUGUAUAUUUUCAGCCAUUAAAGGUUCACCAGUUCAUCAUGAGU